AUGAAAUGGUUUUCUGGCAAAGUUGAUAUAGCCAUCCAAGUUUCCGCAAGGAACAAAGCAUUGCUAGUGGUUUUCAUUGAUUCCGCAGAUGAGAAUGGAGAGGCAAUGGAUAAAGUAUGGGGCGAGAUUGAUAACUCUAUCCUCAGUUGUAAUCAUAUAGCUCUCAAGAUAAAGGAUGAGGAGGAUGUUGCUAAAAUAAUAUCUUUAUUACCUGAAUCAGAAAGAUUCGACGCUCCUGUGUCACUUUUCAUUACCAGUGCUGGGGAAGUAGUUGGAAAAGUUACAGCAGCAGAUGUUGCACAACUCAAAGAUGUAGUCUCACAAGUUAACCAGAAACUUGCUCCCAAAAAAAUUGAGAGCCAAGUUAUUCCAAUCAUUUCUUCUUCUGCUUCUUCUUCUUCUGCUUCUUCGACUGCUCCUUCCUCUGGCCCUACCACUGGUGCUUCGACAUCCCAAUCUGAAGACCCUUCAACAUCAAGCACAGAGACCCCACCUCGACCACCUAUCAGUCGAGCUGAGAAAGAGUUGUUAUUGCAAGAGAAAAUGAAUAGAGCGAGAGUGUUAUUGGAGCAGAAAAAGAAAGCAGAUGCAGAGUUGAAACGACGAGAAGAAAAGAAGAAAGAAAUGGAACGUAUCAAAGAGAGUAAAAUGGCAGCAGAAGCUGCGAAAAAAAGACAAGAGAAGGAAAUGCAAGAUGCCGCAAAGCAGAGAAAAGUUGAUCAGAAGAUGUUAGAGCAAGAAAGAUUGAGAGUUCGAGCACAGUUCUUGGCUGACCGAGAAGAGAAAGAUUUCCGCGAAAACCGUACUGGAGCUGUUAGUUCGGAAAAUGUAAGGAGAAGAGAUACACAUGUCGCUCCCCCCGUUGACAACGGCCGAGCUCGCAUUCUGGUACGCUUCACUGAUGGAAGAACUAUCACGGAGACCUACGAAUCUUCGAGUCCUCUUACUGCUGUAAUAGACAGUAUUAAUGAGAGUGGGUUCAUCUCCAAACCAUAUACACUUGUUAGACCUUAUCCAAGAACACAGUAUGCAGUGUCCGAUUACACUAAGUCAUUUCUCGAACUACAAUUGACUCCCAGCUCUGUUUUGUAUGUCCAAGAGGAACCCGAAAAGAAAGGAUUCUUCGACCAAGGCAUCUUCUCCCUUUUCUCAAUGGUAAUCAAAGCUCCAUUUACCGCCUUGAGUACCAUUUAUGGCAUGUUUUUCGGCACACCUCAGAGAACGCUCAAUGUUGAUGAAGGUCCAACAGUUAGGAGUCCUGAAACUGCACGACAAGUAAGGGACAUGGAUUCUCUAAGACAACAACGGGUUACGCGUUUGCACAGUUCAGAAGAUAGUGAGUCAGAUUCCGACGAGAAUCCUAACUGGAAUGGAAACUCAACUCAAUACCUGUGA